CGGCAAGUUUGACAUCUUCGUGGAGACCAAUAAGAAGAAGCAGCUGGUGGGAUCGUACCAGAACGAGGGCUUCUUUGGCGAGUUGGCUCUGAUGUACAACAUGCCCAGGGCGGCAACGAUCAUUGCAGCCACCGACGGCACUAUCUGGGCUCUGGACAGACAGACCUUUCGUCGGAUAGUGCUGAAAACAGCAUUUAACAAGAGGAAAAGAUAUGAAAAACUGAUCGAAGGAUGCGUGAUGCUCAAAUCUCUCGAUGUUUAUGAACGAAUGAAUGUAUGUGAUGCACUCACUUCCAGGAUGUUUAAAGAUGGAGAAAAGAUUAUAUCUCAGGGUGACAAGGCAGACUGUAUGUAUUUUGUAGAGGAAGGAAUGGUUCGAGUGGCCAUGCUCAAUAAG